CUGGGCUGUAGGUGCGGUGAGGAGGUUGAGCAGCUAUUCGUGGACGUUGUAAAGGAAAAUCUUUUGAGGUCGCAGCUCAAAAUAUCAGCUCAACAGUGAGGCAGACGGGUUAUACGGAAUCGAGAAGCGGUUAUAACAGCUAAGUAUUGGUCUAGCUAACAGUAGGACGACGAAUUUUGCAAUAUUUCUGUUAGAAAUUUUAUUUUACAUAACCAGCUUCCCUGGUAUUCGCGGCACGGAACAGCCGGUCUUGCCACGGUGUCUUGUUGGCUUAGAUUACAGGCCAGUUAAGUACUCUGUUAUUGCGUUUGACUUAAUUAAUGUCUGUAGAAAGCAGGCCCGCCCAGGAGUGUUAGCAUAUAUUUAUACGUUAAUUUUUUCAUCGUUCAGAAAAACAAGUUAUACAACGAGCCGGUCUACUUCUCCGCAGCACACCGGGUCCUAAAGCCCGCCGUGUUAGUUGUCACAUUGCCGGAGCGCGCGCGUUGCCUCGAGCCCAAAUGGUUCAGCAGCCAGCGGUUUCUACAUUUUUCGACACUAUGGAAAAAGCUCUGUUAGAGCAAGGAUAAUUAUAAAAGUUGGACUGCGUUAUUGAACCCCAAAAGGAUUUUUUUUUUCAAACAAAUUUUUAUUCAAGGUGGUAUUUUUUCUCCUUAAAAGAAACUGUGAGUGAGUAGUUGGGAUAAAAGUCGAGUGAGCACCAAAAGACUGUUGACCUCUUUCAAAAAGGAAGAAAAGGACUCGUCCAGUUGAGUAAUGGUCAAUAAUACGAUCCACUGGUUCAGGAAGGGCUUGCGGCUCCACGACAACCCGUCGCUCAAGGAAUCUCUGCUGGGAGCGGAUACGGUCCGCUGCGUCUACAUCCUCGACCCCUGGUUUGCGGGCUCUUCCAACGUUGGCAUCAACAGGUGGAGGUUCUUAUUGCAGAGUCUUGAGGACUUGGACUCCAGCCUCCGUAAGCUCAACUCUCGUCUGUUUGUGAUCCGAGGCCAACCCACUGAUGUCUUUCCCAGACUUUUCAAGGAGUGGAAAAUUACUCGUCUGUCAUAUGAGUACGACUCUGAGCCCUUUGGGAAAGAGCGAGAUGCAGCUAUUAAGAAGCUGGCCUCUGAGGCUGGAGUUGAGGUGACAGUUCGCAUCUCCCACACACUCUAUGAACUGGACAAGAUCAUAGAGUUAAAUGGGGGUCAGUCUCCCCUCACCUACAAGCGGUUCCAGACUCUCAUCAGUCGUAUGGACCCUGUGGAGGUGCCUGCGGAGUCCAUCACUGCUGAGAUAAUGGGGAAAUGCACUACCCCACUGUCUGAAGACCAUGAUGAGAAGUUUGGGGUCCCCUCCCUGGAGGAACUCGGUUUUGAUACUGAAGGCCUGUCCUCAGCUGUGUGGCCAGGAGGAGAGACUGAAGCUCUCACACGACUUGAGAGGCACUUGGAGAGGAAGGCAUGGGUGGCAAACUUUGAACGUCCCAGAAUGAACGCCAACUCGCUGCUUGCCAGCCCCACAGGCCUCAGCCCCUACCUGCGCUUCGGCUGCCUCUCCUGCCGUCUCUUCUACUUUAAGCUUACUGACCUCUACAGGAAGGUGAAGAAGAACAGCUCCCCUCCUCUCUCGCUCUACGGUCAGCUGCUUUGGCGUGAGUUCUUUUACACGGCGGCCACCAACAACCCCUGCUUCGACAAGAUGGAGAGUAACCCCAUCUGCGUUCAGAUACCCUGGGACCGCAACCCCGAAGCGCUGGCCAAGUGGGCAGAGGGCCGCACCGGCUUCCCCUGGAUUGAUGCCAUCAUGACCCAGCUAAGGCAGGAAGGAUGGAUCCACCACCUGGCUAGGCAUGCUGUGGCCUGUUUCCUGACAAGAGGAGACCUGUGGAUUAGCUGGGAGGAGGGAAUGAAGGUGUUUGAGGAGCUGCUGCUGGAUGCAGACUGGAGUGUGAAUGCAGGCAGCUGGAUGUGGCUCUCCUGCAGCUCUUUCUUCCAGCAGUUCUUCCACUGCUACUGCCCUGUAGGUUUCGGCCGCCGCACAGACCCCAACGGAGAUUACAUACGCCGCUACCUGCCCGUUCUGAGGGGAUUUCCAGCCAAGUAUAUUUAUGAUCCCUGGAACGCUCCAGAGGUUGUGCAGAAGGCAGCCAAAUGUAUUAUUGGAGUACAUUAUCCAAAGCCUAUGGUGCACCAUGCAGAGGCCAGCCGUCUCAACAUCGAGCGAAUGAAACAGAUCUACCAGCAGCUCUCCUGUUACAGAGGCCUCGGUCUUUUGGCUACAGUUCCAUCUGGCUCUAAUGGCAAUGGAAAUGGAAACGCUGAGGCAUCCUCAGAUUCGAUGCGAUUCCCUGAGACUUCACGUGAUGCUGCAGCUCCAUCUACCUAUCAGAUGCCAGUUCACUCCCAGGGAGACUGGCAAAGUGGUGUCAUGAUGUACGUGCAGGGGGAUCCGCAAACCAGCGUCGGCAUGCACCAACAAGUUCCAGGUUACGCUGCCAGUACCAGUAUGAUGUGUUACAGUCAAGGCACGCAGCAGAAUCCUGGUCCUGUAAUUCAAAAAGGGCCUGAACACCACCCCACCACUCAGACCAGUGGCAAACGACACAGUGAGGACUCUGGGAAUAGCAAAAGCUCCAAAGUCCAGAGACAGAGCAUCCACUAAAGAGGUGUUUCUGUGGACUCACCGUCAGUCAUAUCGAGAACACAGCCAAAACUAAACGGACGCUAAAAUAGACUCAAAUUUUUCUUACAGCACUACAAUGCACGAACACACCUUCAGGACGGGCAUCCCCACCUGUCACAAAACAUGUUUCUCAACUUAAUCGGACUGAAUAUUAUUACAGUGUGGGCCAGCCAGUGAUGUUACACUGUGCUCCUGUUUGGGUUAAUAAUGCCGAGACUAAAGUCUUUGUGUAUAUAAUGAAUUUGCUAAAUGCAGCUCACAUACAACGUGUACAUAUUUGGAUAUUGUAUGUGCGUUUUCUCUCUUUGUGUAGCCAUAGACCUGUUGAUAUAUUUUUGAUAUGAGAAUUCAUUGUGGAUUGAUCGUUCUUUUGGGAAAAUUUUCAAUAAAAAGAAAUGCAUUUUUAGACCUUCCAUUAAAACAGAAAUGGUCAGAAAAGUCUGCUAAUGCACCCGAGUUUUUAAAGUUUUUCCACAUUGAGCCCAUCGAGUGUAAAUAUCAGCAAAAAUCCUUUCUGUGUCUCAGUACUAGUGGAUUCGUUUUAUUCCUUCAAACUUCAAUAUGACACAAACCAUCAUGUUAUUGCCCUCGUCUGUGUUUAUUGAGAAAAGGUGAGAGGACUACAGAGCCUGCAUAUUCCUGGUGUGCCACCCCACCACCCAUAUACUCCCUAAUAAAUGUACCACUGGAGAGAACUGCUUCACUUGCUUCUUGUUCCUUCUCAAUGUGCUUGUUUAAUUAAAACAGUUUCAAAUA